AUGACUCGAACAUCAACCCUCACCUCCUCCACGACCGAAAAUCAAGCCCGUUUGCGAGUCGUGGGCUAUCCAUCGGAGUACGAAGUACACCACUCUAACACUUCUCCUUCUCUCGACAAUGAGACUCAUGAUGAGCCUCUAUCAACAUCACAACAACCCGUAAAUGUGAACAGCGAAGGUCCAGAGUGGGCAAACCAUUACCGCCGCAUUCCGCCAUAUCGACCGGUCAACCGUAAUCUGAAUCAAGGAGAAAGACGAGUAUAUAUCAACGAUGCGGAGAGGGCUUUUAUCACAAUCAUGUUCCUGGGUGUGAGGAACAAUGCUAGACUGAAUAAAUUGUGGAGGAUGACCGGCUAUAAGAUCAAUAAUCAGGUAUUUGGAUACAAGAUUGGUGGAGAGUGGUGA